AUGAAAGCUAUCACAAUGACCGAAAUAAGCCGUACAACUUUAUGGUCAUCAAAUAAUGAUACACAUGGUCAUUGUCAUCAUUAUUCAUCACAUGGAUGGAAAUCAUCAUCACAACGGGAUCUAUUUCGUCCAGUUACAGUAAAUGAUGAAAAUUUAAAUUUUAAAUCAUCAUCAAAUAAAUUAAAUCGAUCAUUAUUUGGUCAAAGCGAUCCAUUGGAAACAAAACGUCUUCUUUAUGAACAAAUGAAUUCUCGACGAAUUAUCGAUCGUAAUCGUUGGAAUUUUGAUUUUCAUACGGAAAAACCGCUUCAAGGCCGUUAUGAAUGGCAUAAAUUAACCCGUUCGGAUACAAGUCCACCACAAUCACCAUUUGAUCGCCGUACACCAAGUCCUAAAUUUUUUUCCAAUCAUUAUCAGGAUGAAAUCAAUGGUCAAACAGCUAAUAAUAAACAUAAUAAUAAAUUCUAUAUGGAUCAACGUAAAUGAACAACAACAACAACAAUCAUCCUGGUAAAAUGGUCAAUGCUUUCAUAUAAAACUGACCAAAUGGUCAUUUCUUCUGGUCUAUCGCCCCCGCAUUACAGAAAUUAUUGACCUUCAAUCGUCGUCAUCAUCAUCAUCAUCAUCAAUGUCUGAUUCCAGUGAAAAUAAAAUUAAUCCAAGAACAAUUCUAUGGAGCAACUAAAUGGAUCUCAUUGAUCUCAAUCAAUCAAUUCAAACCAGAAAAAAAUUAAAAAAAUUCUGUAAAAUAUCUUUCUUUAUUAUUUGCUUUUUGUUUGUUUGUAAAUGUUUAUCAUUUGUUUUCAUAGCCUACUCCAAACACACACACACACACAUCUUUUAUUUAGACCACAUUAGCCAGUAAUUAUCAAUUAAUUGAUUAAUUAAUUUCUUUCAAUUCAUUCAUUCAAAUCAUAUAAAAGACACUAUCGAUUCUUUCAUUCGAAUAUCAGAUUAUCAGUUGAUAAAUCGCCCAUCACCAUUUUGAAGAUUGUUUUUUGUUUGACACAAACACACCUAUUGAUACAACAUUUUAUGGAUUCAUUUUUUUUUCUCUUUUUCUUUGUCAAUUCAUUCUUUUUUUUAUUUUUAUUCAAACUUUGAUCGAUCUCAAUCGUAAAUUUGUGUGUGUAUGUCUUUUUUUUGUAUAUAUGUGUUUACAAGUGUCACCGGUAAAAAAAAAAUAAUUUUUUUUCCACAAAACUGCUAAACAUAAAGGUUCACAC